AUGGAAAAUCCCACAGUUCUUUCCACGAGCAGCAUUGGAAGAAGAAGCAGUGAAACUAAUUCGCCGGAAUUCGAGUUUUGGAUGGUCAGAAACCCCUCUUGUCCCCAAACCUUCCUUCAUUCUGCCGACGAAUUGUUUUCUGGCGGUGUUCUUGUUCCUCUUAAGUUACUCAAUGCCCGCAACUCCGACGAACCUCCUGAUAAAGACGCAUCCCUUGACUCUGUCAGUAUAGCCACCGUCGUUAACACCGUUUCUGGACCUGCGUCCGAGUCGACAUCGAUGUUAACAGCGUCGAAACGAUGGAAAGACAUUUUCAAGAAAAACCCAGAGAAUAAAGAGAAAGAUAAGAAAAAGAAAGGUGUUUCCGGCUUCGGAGGUGGUGGCGGGAUGAGCAUGGCGGAGCUGAAUAUAAAUCUAUGGCCUUUUUCAAGGAGUAAAUCAGCUGGGAACGGCGGGAAUAGGCCACGGCCACGGCCACCAAUCGCUGGCACCCGGAAAGUCAGUAGUGCGCCGUGCUCGAGGAGCAACUCCGCCGGAGAGUCGAAGUCUAGGAAGUGGCCAAACAGCCCAAUCCGUGGUGGGGUUCAUGUAGGUAGGAGCAGCCCAGUUUGGCAAUUUAACAGAGUCGGAUCUGGUCGGAGUUUACACGACAACGUGGUCAGGAAUGCUGCUGAGAAGGUUGUUCUCAAAAAGGAAAAACCCGACACUCGUCGGAGCAAAAAAUCUACAACCGGCGGAGAUGCGACGGCUGCCGUGUCCGGCGUCGGAGGAAAGGGUAUGGUGUUGAAUCUUAACGUCCAGACAUGUAUCGGUUACCGCCACCAUUUCAGUUGUCGCAGCGACGAAAUUCAAGUAGAAAAAACUCUGCGAUUUGCUGGGGGAAACACCGGUAUUGACACGCGCCGCCGUCGUUCAACCCGACGGUGA